UGGCAAGAAAAUCACCGCACUGAUUUAUAAUGGUAGCUACUAGUAGUGAGUGGUGCAAGGCAAAGGACAUGAUGAGAUAUCAUAUUCUUGUUGUGAAGAAGCUGUUAACCAGUCACCACCGAUAACGUAACAAGUAAGAAGACACUCCCAUUCCUUUUUCUCUGUCAUUUCUUCCAUCAAACCCAAUCUCUAAUCUCUAUAAUGCAUCAUCCGUGUACUAGUAGUUUACUUGGUGUGUAACAGAGGAAAACCUCUAAGGUCGUUUCACUCCAAAACGCUGUACCGAAUCUUUACCCUUUCAAGAUAUUCUUUGAUUCAACUUCCGAUCUUCCAUCCACCCCUAAUUAAUCUUCUCCUAUUGCUUCCUUUAAACGCGCUUUCGUCUACCCUUUCAUCUCGGCGACAACUUCAAAGAAGAAGACUUUGUGUUUUCUUGUAGAUGGCUACACUUUCAGAUAUUGGGCUUGCAGCUGGAAUAAACAUUUUGAGUGCAUUUAUAUUCUUUGUUGCAUUUGCUAUUUUGAGGCUUCAGCCUUUGAAUGAUAGAGUAUACUUCCCAAAAUGGUAUCUGAAGGGUUUAAGAACAGAUCCUGUGCACGGAGGAGCGUUUGUGCGCAAGAUUGUCAAUUUAGAUUGGAGAUCAUAUAUUAGGUUUUUGAAUUGGAUGCCAGCUGCACUUAGAAUGCCAGAGCCUGAGCUUAUUGAUCAUGCUGGACUAGACUCUGUUGUUUACUUGAGGAUUUACUUGUUAGGACUUAAGAUCUUUGUACCUAUAGCGUUCCUAGCUUGGGCGAUGCUGGUUCCCGUCAACUGGACAAGCACUGGGCUAGAAACGGCUGGGAUAAAAAACAUAACUUCCAGCGACGUUGAUAAACUCUCAGUUUCAAAUGUCCAGCGUGGAUCUGAAAGGUUUUGGUCACACAUUGUAGCUGCUUAUGCAUUUACCUUCUGGACAUGCUAUAUUUUGAUGAGAGAGUAUGAAAAAGUUGCCUCAAUGAGAUUACAAUUUGUUGCAGCAGAAAAGCGUCGUCCUGAUCAAUUUUCGGUGCUCGUUAGAAACAUUCCUCCAGAUCCUGAUGAAUCUGUUAGUGAGCUCGUUGAGCACUUCUUUCUGGUCAAUCAUCCGGAUAACUAUCUUACUCACCAGGUUGUUUAUAAUGCAAACAAAUUAGCAAAGUUGGUUAAAAAGAAGAGCAAGAUGCAGAAUUGGCUCGUCUAUUAUCAAAAUAAAUUUGCCAGAACUUCAAAAAAACCUGAAGUGAAGACUGGUUUCCUUGGUCUUCGUGGAAAGAAAGUAGAUGCUAUUGAGUAUUACACCACUGAAAUUGACAAGCUGUCCAAAGAAAUAGCUUUGGAGAGGGAUAAGGUCACUAAUGAUCCGAAGUCUGUUAUGCCUGCUGCAUUUGUUUCUUUUAAAAGUCGAUGGGGUGCUGCAGUUUGUGCACAAACUCAACAAACCAGAAAUCCAACAAUUUGGUUGACUGAGUGGGCUCCAGAGCCACGGGAUGUCUAUUGGCCAAACUUGGCAAUUCCAUAUGUUUCCCUAACUGUUAGAAGGUUGAUCAUAGCUGUUGCAUUCUUUUUUCUCACUUUCUUUUUCAUGAUCCCCAUAGCAAUAGUACAAACUCUUGCGAGUCUUGAUGGAAUCCAGAAAGCAGCACCAUGGUUGAAGCCACUUAUUCGUGUCCCUAUCGUUAAGUCAUUCAUUCAGGGUUUUCUACCUGGUAUUGCAUUGAAGCUUUUUCUUAUCUUUUUGCCAACAAUAUUGAUGAUGAUGUCCAAAUUCGAAGGUUUUGGAUCUAUAUCAUCUCUUGAGAGAAGAUCGGCUUCUAGAUACUACCUUUUUAGUUUUGUGAAUAUAUUUCUUGGGAACAUACUUACUGGGACCGCAUUUCAACAGCUCGACUCUUUCAUUCACCAACCAGCCAAUCAAUAUCCCAUAACAAUUGGCACUGCAAUUCCUUUAAAAGCAAGUUUUUUCAUCACCUAUAUAAUGGUUGAUGGAUGGUCCGGUAUAGCUGCUGAAGUUUUGAUGUUGAAACCACUAAUCAUAUAUCACCUGAAGAAUUUCUUCUUGGUAAAGACUGAAAAGGACAGGGAAGAGGCCAUGGAUCCUGGGAGUAUAGGUUUCAACACUGGAGAACCUCGCAUACAAUUAUACUUUUUGCUGGGUCUAGUCUAUGCUGCAGUGACACCUACUGUUCUUCCUUUCAUAAUAAUUUUCUUUGGGUUGGCCUAUGUUGUGUUCCGUCAUCAGAUGAUCAAUGUUUAUAAUCAACAGUACGAGAGUGCCGCAGCAUUCUGGCCUGAUGUCCAUGUCCGUGUCGUGAUUGCACUGAUAGUCUCACAGCUAGUUCUGAUGGGACUCCUAACCACCAAAAAGGCUGCUUCAUCAACUCCAUUUCUCAUUGUGCUCCCAAUCCUGACGAUAUGGUUCCAUAGAUACUGCAAAGGCCGUUUUGAAUCUGCAUUUGUUAAAUAUCCCUUACAGGAAGCAAUGAUGAAAGAUACAUUAGAAAAAGCUACAGAUCCGAACCUGAACAUAAAAGGUUAUCUUCAACAUGCUUAUGUUCAUCCAGUUUUUAAGGCUAGCCAGGAUGAUGUUGAUGAGGAAGACGCAAUCAGUCUAAAGUGGGAAACUGAGAGUGCUACGGUACCCACCAAACGCCAUUCACGAAGGAAUACACCAUUGCCAAGCAGAAUUAGUGGUGCAUCGUCUCCAUCCAUGCUUGAUGGAAUUAAAAAUGAUCCAGAAUCAUAGAUCAUGGGUCAAGAAAUGAUGUCAUAUUAUUGAAAUGACAAACUAGGAUGUAUGUGCAUAAAUUAUAUAACGAGCUACAUCAGUGGACGUGUGGUUGUGAAGCAUAAGCUUAGAAAGUUGGGUGUUCUUGUGCAAAAGUGUUUUGGACUUUCUGGUCAGAAGAUGCAAUAUACCACAACGUGUAGAGACUGUAAGGCAGAGAUUCUUUCAUAAUGUUUCAGAUUUUGUUAAUAGUGAGUUUAUUCCCUUAGUAGUUUUUCUAAGUUGUAUCACCUAAUGUAGAGAUUUGCAUAACAUUACACCACGGGAUACUGUAAAUUAUCCAAAAAUUGAUUAUGAUUUCUAUAGUUCGUGUGUAUAAUUUUUUCUCUAUUUUACCUUA